AUGUGUUUGCGUUCCGCAGCAGCUGAAGAAGCAUUCCGUCAUUUAAGUGAUUUGGAGCAAUCACUGCCACUUUGCGCCACCAGUACUAUCAUUAACAAAACAACAACAACAACAACAACAAUAACAACAACAACAACAACACCAACAACAACAAUAACAACAACACCAACAACAACAACAACAACAACAAUUACUUCAACUCCUUCAAUGCAAACAACUACAACUACCUCAUCACCAGCAUCACAAUUGACCUCAAAUAAAAAGCAAUCAACACAAAAUCGUUUCAUUUCACGUUCGGUGCAUAAUUUACAUUUGUUAACACCAAAAAAUCGAAUACUAAAUAACGGACAUACACUUUGUCAUAGCAAUGAAAAUAACAAUCAAACAAUAUCAAAUGGAAAUUUAUUUAAUGGAGCAGCAAAAGAAGAGGAAGAAGAAGAAGAAGAAGGAAAUUCUUCUUUCCAAACAAAUCCAAUAUUAGGACGUCAAAUACGUCAGAAUGUCGAGAAAUUCACUGUACAAAAUCAAGAAACAAAUAUUAAAAUGCCAUAUAUACGAAUGAAGAAAUGGUUGAGCAGUGCUGAUGUGAAGUAUAGUAGAGGAGGAAGACGUAAUUCACGUGACCAUUUAAUGAAGAGUAGCAAAGUUGGCACGUCAACAACUAAUUUAUCAUAUUGUAAAUCAAUAAGAUUAGAACUGCGUGAACCGUCAUUUAUACGUGAGAAAGGUGUGCUACAGGUAUUUGUAAACGGUAAACCGGUGUAUCUUCCAGUACCAAAUUCAGUAAGCAAUCUUGAUCUUACACGUGAACUUGAUGCUCCUACAUGUGAACCGAAACUUAACUGGGUUUACGGUUAUCGUGGUAAAGAUUGUCGCGGGAAUCUCUAUGAAUUACCAACCGGUGAAAUUGCCUAUUUUACGGGUACAAUUGUUGUACUACACAAUCCUAACGAAUCGUUACAACGAUACUAUACCAAACAUACCAGCGAUAUUAAAUGCAUGGCUAUUCAUCCAAAUAAACUUCAUAUUGCAACCGGUCAGACGUCGAGACGUUUUCUGGAAAAAGGUGGUUUCAAUAUUCAUCGUUCACCAAUAUCAUCAAUUAUGGAAUUGAAUAAUGUUUUGGAAACUGACCGGUAUAAGGCUCACGUACAUAUUUGGGAUUCAAUAACGCUGCAAACAUUACGUACAAUUGGGACAGGUGAUGCAAGUGCAAGUUUUGAUCGAGGUGUUCAGUGUUGCACAUUUAGUCGUGCUGCAGCAAAUGGCAUGCAACUUGCAGUUAUUGAUGAUUCAUAUGAACAUACACUUAGUGUUUGGGAAUGGCAAAAAGGAAAAAAAAUUGCAGAAAUUAAAGAAAGUUUUUAA